CGCGGCUGCCGGUGACCUGCACCGGGCCGCUGGGUUGGCUGCGGUGGCCCAGGCGGAGGUCGGCCGCGGGGCGAGGUGUCCUCAUGACUACGUUUGCGGAUCAUGCCCAUGAUCCUCUUUGCCAGCGUCGUACGGGCGAGGGAUGGACUACCCCUCUCUGCCUCCACUGACUUCUACCACGCCCAGGAGUUUUUGGAAUGCAGGAGGCAGCUCAAGGCCUUAGCCCCGAGGCUGGCUCAGUACCCGGGCCGGGGUUCUGCAGAAAGCCGUGACUUCAACAUCUAUUUUUCGUCGUUAGGGGACGUGGCCUGCGUGGCCAUCUGCUCACGUCUGUGCCCAGCAGCCAUGGUCUUCUGCUUCCUGGAGACUCUGUGGUGGGACUUCACAGCUUCCUACGACACCACAUGCAUUGGCCUGGCCUCCCGGCCCUACGCUUUCCUUGAGUUCGACAGUGUCAUUCAGAAAACCAAGUGGCGUUUUAACCACAUGAGCUCCUCCCAGAUGAGCUUAGGAAAGAUUCAGGAGGAGCUCGAGUUCCAGCCUCCAGCAGUGCUGUCCCUGGAGGGUGCAGGUGUGGCAAAUGGCGUGCUGAACGGCCACACCCCAGUGCACUCUGAGCCUGCUCCGAAUCUCCGGAUGCAGCCGGUGACAGCGCUGGGUGUCCUCUCCCUGGUCCUCAACAUCAUGUGCGCUGCCCUGAACCUCAUCCGUGGAGUUCACCUGGCAGAGCAUUCUUUACAGGUUGCCCAGGAAGAAGUUGGGAACAUCCUGGCCUUCUUUAUUCCUUCUGUGGCCUGCAUCGUCCAGUGUUACCUGUACCUGUUCUAUAGUCCAGCCAGGACUCUGAAGGUGGUACUGAUGCUGGCUUUCAUCUGCCUGGGCAAUGUGUACCUGCAUGGGCUGAGGAAUACCUGGCAAAUCCUCUUCCACAUAGGAGUGGCUUCUCUGUCCUCGUACCAGAUCCUGACCCGGCAGCUGCAGGAGAGGCAGUCCGACUAUGGAGUGUGAGGACAGCACACACAGUGGAUGGGGCCUUUGGCUCCCCGCCCCCACCCCGGAAGGCCAGUCCGUUCCCACUCCUGCUUCUCAACUUCACCUCAAACCGCCACCCUUGAAGCUCCCGAGGUCACAGAUUCGGGCAGGUGCAACGGAGGACCCGGGGAUGAGGUUGCAGUCCAGGUCUGUGUGGAGCGUUUGUGCGGAACUGCCAGCUGACACAGGACAGGGCAGCGGGAGCUGGAACUUGCUCAGAGAGCAUCUCUGGUGGUCAGAGCAGCAACACUUUGUCGUCCUAAAUCAAACGAUACUGCUAACGGCUAGAUUCCGUAACGGUCCGUGGCAGGAGCCUGCAAGGAAACUCUCUACAGUUGAAAUCAUUUCCAGUUUCAGUGGACCUUUGGUGGAUUUUCCUUGGGAGUGUCAGUUCAGGGUAAAUUAAAAGCUUGAAAAUAUGGUUCAUAAAU